AUGGCUUCUCAAGAAUUGGCUUUGGUUAAUAAGGUAGAGCUUAGAAUAGCCUUAGCUGAAGACGACAAGCAAUUUGAGAAUGCCUUAAACAUAUAUCUUGCCCCAGUUUUAUUAAAGUUAGCAAGUCCUCACACUGAAGUAAGACAAGCUGUACUCAAAAUCAUUCAGCAUAUUGUUCCAAGAAUAACUGCAGCAAGGUCAAUUAAACUCCCUGUGGAAGCUUUAAUCCAACAAAUAAAAACACCAAAUGUUGACACGGACCCAACGUCUGUAAGACUAUAUUCUGCUUUAUUUGUUUCUAGAGGUGUGGAUAGGUUAAAUGAGGAAGAAAAGAAACAACUCAUCCCCACUAUCAUUGAAGGUAUACAUAACUAUCCCAAAUCCAUAUCAGCAAGAAUCUUCAAUAUCAUCUGUAAAUUAUUGCAGAAUUGGAAAAUGCCUAUGAAAGGGACAGAUGAAUAUGACAAUGUAAGGAAGUUCUUACAAUUCGACAAGAACCCAAUUGAUGAACAAUAUUUGUCGUUAAUUAUUAGCAAAUUUUUCUUGCUAUUACCUGAAUCUGCAAAUAAGGCUACACCGGGAUUGAGCGUUCAAGAUAAUGCAUAUUUCACAACUGAUGCUGCUGUCACUUAUAAAACCAGAGAUGAUAUUUUCAAAGUCAAACAGAGCCUACUUGAAUUUUUGAAAGCUGGCUUUAAUCCCGAACAAAUGGCAUUACCAUUAUUAAUUGUUUCAGCAGAUCCUUCCUCUUCAAUAAAUGAAUCAUCGGAGAUUGCAUUUAGAAAAUUAGGCGUUGAUUUUGAUCUGAUUAGCAUUUACGAUAACGUUUCAUUUGUGGACUAUAUAAUUCUGUUGUUUCUUGGUACAAAUACUCCGGCGGUUGAUUCGAAUUUACAGUGCAAAAUCUUGCAGGUUUUGAUUAAAAGCCAUAAAGUACACUCGCAAGAUAAGAUUGCAUCAGCUGCUCUUGGAUCUGAUAACUCCAGGUUGAGACAAUUGUCAAUACAAUUUAUAAGAAAACUUGGCCAGUCACCAAUUCCUGAAGGAAAUCUAGAAAAAUUCAACGAAGACAUUGCUCACCAAUUGAGAAACAGUAUAAUCGCUGAAGGAUGGCCGUGUGUUGAAGUGUCAAUGGGGACAAAUUAUAUGAAUAAAAUCAAGGAUGUAAAUUCUAAAUAUGAAGCAUUGGGUGACAUUUUGAAGUCACAGCCUAGUAUAUUUUUUAAUGAUUGGUCUUUUUUGCAGUUUUUGUUUGAUUCCUUGGGAGCAACAAACCAAUCACCAGAGUUAAUCCCUUCUAUUCAGAAAGCUCUUUCGGGAUUGACAGUCCAUUUGAGCAGUUUAUCUGACUCCAGAAAAAUUGAAUUGAAAAGCUUAUUGCGGAAGUACAUCAAUAUUGAUUCAGCCAAAUACAUCGUUGUUAAAUUUGUCAACUCAACCUACCCCUUCCAAGAUCCAGAAGCAAGAUAUUUGUCUAUUUUGGGUACAUCAAAAACUAGUGCACCUCACACUAUUGAAGAAGGGUUGAAUGGAUUACACCCAUAUUGGUUCAAUAUCAACCAAGCCGGAAAUACCACGGAAUUUAAGUCUACUUCAUACUUAUUAGGGCAGGAAUCAUCAGUUGAGUUCCCGUCCUUUGAGUCAUUUGUCACCACUCUUCUGAAUGAAAUUGAAGCUGCUAGAACGUCUCAUGACAAUGCUAUUUUUUUAUCGCUUCCUAAGGCAGUAGAAUUUGCAGAGCAAGUAUUAGUGAUGAAUGCAAUCAAAGACAAGACAACGGUUAUUGCUUGUGAUCAGGAUUGGUCUAUUAGACUCGAAAAGGCAAUUGAGAUGAAUGAUACUGUAAGAAAUUUGAUUAUUACAGAAAUGAAGAAUCCUAUGAUACAGCAAAGUGUAUUCAAGUUGUUAUCUAUUUGUAUUGAUGCUGUCACAGGUCAAUUUGACAAUUCAACGGGAAUCACUCCUGAUACGUCGUAUGGUUUGAUAUUGGCUAGGUUAUUAUCCUUUGCAUCCUCAACAGCUGUUGAGGCAUUAAUACCAAAGACUCAAGAUUUAUUGGGUUUGCUAGAUGCUGAUGUUCUAGAUGAUAUUUCAUUGGCACGAGUAUGCAAGUCAUUUGCUAUUAUUGCUAGUCAUACAAGUGUAUCUGAUGAAGAUGUUGACAAUUUGUUAAAUCAAUUAAUAGCAAACGCGACAUAUAAAAAGUCAAAGAGUAGACCAUUAGCAACAAGCUAUUUAAUUUCUAGAUUAGUGUUGAGAAAUAGAUUAGAGGUUAUUUCAACUUCGAUUUUGACAAGUAUCUUGCAAACACUUGAAACAAUGUUAUCAGAAUCCAGUUUUUAUUAUCUGGCAUUGGAUGCAAUCUCACAGUUAGCUAUGUUUGGUGUGUUGGGUCCCAUAAUUAACCAAGAUUUAUCAUCUUUUGUUGAUAAAUACAAGGAUAUUAUCAAAGUUAAGGUGAAAAAGAUCGAUGAACGUUCAGUUAUAGCAUUCGGGUAUUUGACCUUAACUGGAGAAACUAUACUGGAUUCCAGCAGUUUGAGUGAUGAUGAACAAGUAAUUUUCAACACGCACGUUUCUAAACAAGUGGAAUAUUUAUUUACUGCAGGAGAAGCACUUGUUGUCGCUGCUGCUGGCUGGGAUUCAAAAUUAUUACGCAAACAAUUGGAUAUUCCUGAUGCAAUUGUCAAGUAUAUUCCCCAUGAUACAUCACGGGUAGCAGCUUUACUAAACAGUAUCCUUGCUGCUUGCAAAAAUACACAACCAUCUCUAAGAAAAGCAGGGUGCAUUUGGUUAUUGUCUCUUGUACAAUACUGUAAUAAUCUUGAUGUUGUUCGUUCCAGAGCAUCAGAAAUCCACGUCGCUUUUAUGAGGUUUUUAGCUGACAGAGAUGAAUUGGUGCAAGAGUCGGCAUCAAGAGGGUUGGGAUUGGUGUAUGAAAUGGGCGAUUUUGAUUUAAAAGAAACACUUGUAAAAUCAUUGUUGAAAUCAUUUACGCAAUCAAAUACUUCAUCUUUCACUUCAGGAUCGGUAGAGCAUGAUACUGAACUCUUUGAACCAGACUUAUUAAGAACAAAUGAAGGGUCCGUUUCAACUUACAAGGAUGUUUUAAACUUGGCCCAAGAUGUUGGUGAUCCAAGUUUGGUAUAUAAGUUUAUGUCCCUUGCAAAAUCAUCAUCCUUAUGGUCUUCUAGAAAAGGUAUUGCUUUUGGAUUAGAAUCAAUUUUGGCACAAUCAUCAUUAGAUAAACUUUUGACAGACAAUCAACAACUAGCUGAUAGAUUGAUUCCCAAAUUGUUUAGAUACAGAUAUGAUCCAAAUGUUGGAGUUUCUACAUCUAUGAAUGAUAUUUGGAAUGCUUUGAUUAAGGACACAUCGAAAGCCGUGGAUGCUAAUUUUGACAAAAUCUUGAAAGAGUUGUUGACUAGUAUGGGCAAAAAGGAGUGGAGAACCAGACAAGGCAGUACUGCUGCCAUGAAUGAUUUAUUGCAGAUGGUAGAGUUGAAUAAAUAUCAAUCUAAACUCGAUGAAAUAUGGACAAUGAGUUUUAGAGUUAUGGAUGAUAUCAAAGAAAGUGUGAGAAAAGAAGGCACUAAUUUAACCAAGUCAUUAGCAACUAAAUUGACUAGAUUAUUGGAAACCAGCUCCAAUGAAUCUGCCAACACAAAGUCCGUUUUGCUGUUUUUGAUACCAUUCUUGCUUGGUAGUAAGGGGUUGUUGUCUGAUUCACAAGAGGUCAAGGAUUUUGCAUUGCAGACAGUUUUGAAAUUGUGUAAAUCGGGAAAUAAAAGUAUGAGAGAAUAUGUUCCCGAGUUGAUUGAAAAUUUUAUUAACUUGUUUUCAAGUUUAGAACCAGAAGUAGUCAAUUAUCUAGUCUUGAAUGCUAGCAAGUAUAAUGUUGACCAUAAUGAAAUUGAUGCGAAAAGAAUGAAGAGCGUUGGACAUUCGCCAUUGAUGGAUGCCAUUGAGAAAUUAUUAAAUCAAUUGGAUGAUUCAUUGCUACCAGAUUUUAUCACCAGGUUAGAAAGAACGAUUAAGAAAGGUGUUGGUUUGCCUACCAAAGUAAGUGCUGCAAUGGUAAUUAUGAACAUGGUUACCCAACAUCUUCAAAUGAUUAAACCAGAUGGCGACAGGUUAUUGGUUGUUGCCAUGACUCAAAUUAACGAUCGCAAUGACACAGUCGCGUCGAGUUAUGCCGCAGCUUGUGGUCAUUUGUGUCGAAUUGCCAAAGUGGAAACAGUGAUCAGGUAUUCAAAUAAAAUUACCAAAAUGUAUUUUGAAGCAACUGACGCUGGUGAUGAAAGGUCAAGAAUUCUAGCAUCUGUGGCUAGUGAGAAUGUUUCAAAAUAUUCUGGGGAUAAAUUUGAAACAGUAGCUUCUGCAUUUUUACCAGUUGCGUAUAUUGGAAGAUUUGAUCCGAGUAAGCAGGUUGUUGAAAAUUUUGAAAGAGAAUGGAUUGAAAAUACCAGUGGCGGUAAUUCAGCCAUCAAAUUAUACCUUGUGGAGAUUAUUGAUUUAGUUAAAAAAUAUCUCAAAUCUAAUGAUUUUUUGAUUAGAAAGACAUUGGCCAAGGCACUUUCGAACUUGUGUUUGGUAAUUGAUAAUUUGAAUCAAUUUUCGAUUGCAAUAAUCGAUGAAAUUUUGAAGUUAUUGAUUGAAUCCAACAAAGGAAAAUCUUGGGAUGGUAAAGAGUUGGUUUUUGAUUCAUUGGUCUCCUUUGCUAUAAUGUCCAAAACAUAUAUUGCUCACCAUCAGGAUAUAUAUGAGGCAAUCAAUAGAACUGUAACAAUUGAGAUAAAGAGACGGAACAAGGCUUAUCAAAGGCACGCAAUUAUUUCUUGCGGGAAGUAUAUCCACCAUUUCCACGAAGAUGAUGAACUUGUUGACUUAUAUAUCGAGAUAAUGACAAAUGUGUUGAGUGAUAGAUAUGACUCUACUGAUGACGAUAGUGAUGAAGAAAUGGAGGACGGGACUGAGGCCAAAAAAUUGAAUGCUAAGGAGAAUAUAGAAUUAGAAGAAAAGAAAUUGAAGAUUUUGAAUAAUGUGGCUGUUGCAUUUUAUACCCAGCCCGAUAUUAAUAAUCAAUUGUUUGAAUUUGUGUUUGAUCGAUUAGUGAAAACUUUCCAAUCAAAAUAUAUUGAAAACGCAUGGAGAUCCAAAUUGGAAACUACGGAAAUAUUCAAGAAAGUAUUGACUGAAAUUGAAGAGUCGGGGAAACAAGUGAAUGUCAAUUUAUUAAUCAGAACUUGGGAGUUUUUAAAAGAAAAGUGUCUAACUGUUGAUUCUAUUGAAAAUGUAAAAAUACAAUUUAUCAGGUUAUCAAAACAAUUGAACCACUACAUAAACAAGGUACAUGCAACACUGGUUAUAGUUGAUGCAUUGGAGGAGUUUGCCACAACAGAAAGUUCAAAUGUUGUAUUAACCGAACUUAGAAAAACCACGUAA